GUGUUGGCGAAUUUCCGUAACAAUUUCCGUAAUCUACAAUUUUUUUUUGUUUACAAAUUACUUCGUCUUCACUCCUCAGAAAAUUUGUUUUCCAAGAUGGCUUGAAAUUAAUAAGUAUUUAAUGGCUACUUAUUCGAUAUCUUUGUCGUAUUGCAUUGCGUCUUCGUGUAAUACUAUCAGUGGAUUUGGUAUUUGGAUUUAUUAUUCGUCUGAUGGUGUGAUUAUCACUGACUAGCAUACAUUAGGACUAUGCAGCGCUCGACGAGAAACAAUUACUCUAGCGUUCCUAGUUCUGAGGCUAGCUCGCAGAAUGGAGUGAGGAGUAGAAGUAUGUUGGAAGACGAAAAUGAACGAAUGACGGAGAAACUCAGCGGUCAUAUUAGCGCUUUAAAAUCGGUGGCCAUCGAUAUUGGCAGCGAAAUACGGAGCCAGAAUAGAAUGCUGAACGAAAUGGACUCCGAUUUCGAAUCGGCCGGUGGAUUUUUAGGCGGAGCAAUGAGCAGAUUGAAAAAGAUUCAGCGAGCAGGAUACGGUUCAAUCGUAUGGAAACUCUUGGCGUUUAUCUUUCUGUUUUGCCUCCUCGUAUAUGUACUGUUUAAAUUCCGGAAAUAGCUGAUAAAUGAUAGCCUGAAGUUCUGAACGUCUUGAAAAACCUCUGUCUUUCAUAGCAUUCGUAUAUAUUAGCGUUGGAUUGAUAGUGUAUUAUGACGGGCCGGCGUGUAUAUUUGAAGUUUUAAACCGCGGAUCAUUCUUUUUGUGUGACAGAUUAAGAAAAAUAUGUGGUUUGGAAUUCAGGUGAAUGCCUCACGAGAAUUUUGGUACUUCUUGAAUGCGUCAUAGAUUUGCCCGAAAUGGUUUUGUUGGGCACAGGGCGGCAGAAGGGAUGUUGAGCCGGCAAAGCAUUCUUUUGGCAUUAAAAAUUUCCA